AUGUUUAAACGAAAGUCGACCACUAUUAAUAAUAUUCCUACUUUGACCCCGAGAGCAAAGUCUCCACCGGUAAAUAAACGUACUUCGAUAACGUCUCCAAGAUUUUAUGAAAUUCUUGAUUACGUAGCCACCAAAAUGAAUGUUCCAUUACAUUUCGGUAGUUUUAUGAAGAGGCGUUUUAACAAGGAUGAUAUAUCGGCACCUCGGGACUUCGAGCAUCUUAUUCAUACAGAGAGCGGGGAACAGGCUGAAGACUUUUUAGUUUAUUUGAAUAAUCAAACUUUGAGUAAAUGUCCAGGUGAUACAAUACAUUAUAAAACGUUUUCAAAGCAAUUCGAUGGAGAACCAUUAAUUCCUGACAUUGAAAUAAAUAAAAGUGGAACCGUUAUAAUUAAAAAUUAUGCCAAAGAUAAAUUACCUAUUGAUGAUAGCGAAUUUUUAAAUCAAAUAGUUCCUUCUUUGACCACAAUUGAAAAAUCUGUAGCAGCAAAGGUUUAUUUCGAAAAUUAUUUCUAUGGAAUUCUCAAAAAACCUUCGGGAAGAUCCAAGCGUCGAAUGCAAUUAGAAACAGAACUCGAGAAUAUGAAAAUUUCAGAUCAAGAUAAACGGGAGAUAAGGCAAGAAUGGCUUAACCUAGAAUCUGAUUACAUGCGUUUAUUACGUAGAAAAAUUACGAUCAAUUCAUUUCAAAUAAUUAAAACCGUUGGUCAUGGAGCCUUUGGUGUUGUUAAGUUGGUUCGUGAUCAUACAACUGGUGUUACAUAUGCUAUGAAAGUCAUGAGAAAAGCUGAUAUGUUGAAGAAAGGUCAAGAGGGUCAUGUUAAAGCCGAAAGAGAUCUUUUAACCGCAGCCGCGGAGACCGCUCAAUGGAUUGUUAAAUUGAAUUAUUCCUUCCAAGAUGUUGAUCAUUUAUAUUUAGUUAUGGAAUAUAUGCCUGGUGGUGAUUUAUUAAAUCUUUUAAUUGAAAAAGAUAUAUUUGAAGAGGAAUUUGCUAAAUUUUAUGUUGCUGAAAUGAUUUUAUGUAUCGAAGAGGCUCAUAAAAUGGGUUAUAUCCAUCGGGACGUUAAGCCCGAUAACUUUCUUUUCGAUGGGGAAGGGCACAUAAGACUUUCAGAUUUUGGAUUGGCGACCGAUUUCCAUUGGGUACAUGAUUCACAUUAUUAUGAGCAGCAGCGAAGAGAUCUUUUACGUAAAACGGGAGUUGAUCUUGAAACGGAUACGCUAUCAAAGGCAAUGGCUAAAAAAUAUAGAACACCCAAAUGGAUGGAUCAAUGGUCCGAUGAAGAUGUAUCAGAUAGUGAUGUUCCUAAUACAAGAGUGUUAAGUUGGAGAGACAAGAAUCGAAAAAAGAUGGCAUUCUCCGUCGUCGGGACAAAUAAUUAUAUGGCACCGGAAGUAUUAAGAGGAACUGGAUACAAUAGAGGCUGUGAUUGGUGGAGUUUAGGAGUUAUUAUUUUCGAAAUGUUAUACGGAUAUCCUCCAUUCAGUUCAAAGACUCGUCAUGCAACUCGUCAAAAGAUAGUUAAUUGGCGCCAAUACCUUCGUUUCCCAUCCCGUCCCCGAGUUUCACGUGAGGUCCAAGAUUUAAUAGAGAACCUUAUAUGUGAAAAAGAAGAUCGUUUAGGAUCAAAAUCGACAGCAUCGGCAGUAAAACCAAAUGGACUUUAUAUGGCAAGUCGUAAAUCAGCUGUUUUAGGUCUCGGGGACGCAUCAGAAAUUAAAUUACAUCCGUGGUUUAAAGGGAUUGAUUGGGAGAAUUUACAUAAAAAGACACCACCUUUUAGACCGCAAUUAAGCUCAGAAAUCGAUACGAGAUAUUUCGAAGAUAACAUUGAUGAUAAUCCAUUGGCACCACCUGGAGGUGAAGUUGAAAGGAAACCGAAAGAUCCGAUGUUGAGGGAUAAAAAUCAUGGCAAGGAAAUUUUAAAGAUGAGAAAAGAAUUAGCAUUUAAAGGAUAUACUUACAAAGGACUACCUUUGGAAAAUCAGAGGGGUGGUAUGGCUGAAAGGGUCAAAACAAGGGGGAGUGGAAUUAAAAACGAUAUGAGUUUAAGGCGUGUCUUGCUGAUUUAUGGACGAGCGGGUCCACGUGAUGUGAAAUUUCAAUCAAACAUCACGGUUGAACAUCAUGCGACCAAUUUUCCAUCCACCACUUGGCCGGUUUUUAAUUCUCACUUCAAAUGUUUAGUACAUCUUGACCCCGGAUCUAAUGAUAUCAAACUCAUCCUUGAUAAACAGGGUAUACAAUUUUCUCAUGAUUCCAAACCACUAACAACGAUACUUCAAGUGAAUUAUAUCCCAUUAUUACAAAAUCCUCCGUUACAUCUGGCGAUCCUCGUGGCAAAGGAUUCCAAAGAGGUGAUUGAUGCUCCAAAAGAGAAAGAAAAAAGUGGUGAAAAUAAAUUAGAAUCUGUCAUAGCGAAACUUCGUUGUGCCGGUUAUUUAUGGCAAGCAUUUACGGCAGAGCAAAUGAGUCGUAAUGAAUUUGGGAGGAGGGUGUUUAGAUUGGAAGAAGAAUGGAUAGAGGACACGCUUUCCAAUCAAAAACCUGGAUUAAGACAAACGGCAAAAGUUCAUAUCAUUCGUAGUUCUUACACGUUAGAACAGAUUUUAGAUCCGGAUAUAGCUCAACAAAAUCCCAACAGGAAUGAUGAUAAAAAAGAUUUAUACUCCAUGUUCACGGAUGGGUUAAAAGAAUAUGGGGUACCAUUCAGUAAUCAGUGCUACGUCGCAGGAUUAAUAUUAGAUUCUCACUAUGAAAACUCACUUGAUAUGAAGUUGGUCAGAGGUCAUGCCGCGUUAGGAGGUGGCGGAGGUAACCUUCAAUUAGGAAUUUUUGGUAGUCAUUUGACUCACGCUUGGCCAAGACAUCUGGAAGAAGUUGUUGAUUGCUUUCAAGAUGAUACCAUAACCGAUGAGACUAGAUUAUCCAACGAUGUGGGAGAAUCUGGAACCUGGUGGAAAUGUUGUAAUGUCGGAAUCGGAGCCUUCUUGCAUGAAGUUGGACAUUGUUUGGGAGCGCCUCAUUCGCCCAGUGGAAUCAUGGCACGAGGGUUUAACAAUUUAAAUCGUACAUUCACGGUUAAGGAACCAAAUAAUCCUUCGCCAAUAACACCGUCCGAUGAGAAUGGUGCGCAUUGGCAUCGAUGUGAUAUCAUAAGGUUUAGAUAUCAUCCAUGUUUCCGUUUGCUUUCAGAUCCACCAUUAUCGACCGAAUUUAAAAAUCUCAGUGCGGACUUUUGGCUCUUAAAUGAAUUUAUAUUAAUCAAAUCCCCUUCAGGUAUUUCAUUGAUUGAAUUUCACGUUGAAGAAUCACUUAGGGAUUAUAUAGAAUACGUUCAUGAUGAUAAUCAUCAAACCGAGGUUCGAUUAAAAAUCUCCGAAAUCAUUGAAAAAUAUGAAAAAUAUGAUGACAAUCGUGUCAUUAAAUUGAAUGUUGUAUCCAAGAAUCAAACCGAACAUUCCUUAAGUAACUUACAAAGAUUCUUGAGAGAAAGUAAAGUGAUUUUACCCAUAUAUGGAGAGGUAAUUAAAUCCCCUUAUUUGGGAAAACUUGAUGAAAGGUUAACCGAAUUUCGAGUUUUUUUUAACAAAUUUAUCGCCAAUGAAAAUGAAUCGGUUAAAUUAAAGAGAAUGGUUGUUCAAUAUGAUUAUUACAUUAAUGGGAUCACAUUCUUUUGGUCCGAUGGUACACAUUUAUCCGUUGGUAAAGAUCAUGGUAAUAAGAAAGAAUUCAGAUUUAUGGAAGGAAACGAAGAAAUUGUGGAAUUAAAAGUUAAUUCCGGGUGGUAUAUUGAUGGAUUUGAAAUCAAGACCAAUUUGGGUAGAAGUAGUGAAUGGUUUGGUAAACAUGGUGGGGAUGAUCACAUCUUAAAGGUGCCAAAUAAUCAUGAAUUUGAAUCGAUUGGCCUUUAUGGUACCGGUGAUGAUUUUGUUAAUACUUUAGGACUUAUUUAUAAACUUAAGUGA